AAAAUUUUCGACUUCUUACUUUCCUGGCAUCUGAAUACCCUCCGCUUUUUCUACGGCGAGUUCUCGCCGGCCGUCGUCGAGAGCAAAAUCAUCGUUUCCCUUUUCCGUUCACUUAAUACCCUUUUGAGAAACCCUAAUUUUGAUCCGAUUCUUUCAGUUUACCGUUCAAUUCUUUACCUCAUUCCGUUGACCUAACUUUUCAAUUCACCGAUUUCUUUUCCAAUUCUCUGAUUUCAUAAAUCCCGAUGGCAUUUCUUCGCUUCUUGUAAGGUUUUUACAGCCCUCCCCGUUAGUUUCCGAACCCACAAUUCUCUACAUCUUGCUCGGUUUAUUACAAUUUGUAGUUAUGGCGAUCCGGUUCACAGUCACCUAUUCCGGCUACUUAGCCCAAAACCUAGCUUCAUCGGCUUCUUCGAAAGUCGUGGGUUGCAGGUUUUUUCACGAAUGUACUGUCCGAUCUCGAAUUUUCCAUCCACCAGCUCAAAAACCCGAAUCAAAUUGCUCCGAUUUCCGCCGGACAAAACCGAAACCACGACCGGUGAGUAAUACUUACUCUUCCCGGUCGUUUUCGUCCAGUUCAGCGUGUUCUUCGUUUGCUUCUGAGCUUUUUGGCGGAAGUUCGAAUUCACCUUUGGUUGUUGGAUUGAUUUCGCUGAUGAGGUCUUCUUCUGGGUCUUGUACCAUGAAUGCGUUGGGGAUUUCGCCUUUGAAAGCGUCUUCGUUUCUUCCAUUUCUUCAGGGCUCGAAAUGGCUUCCUUGUAAUGAGCCCAGUAUUGGGUCCUCGGGGAGUUCCGAGGUGGAUAAAGGUGGAACUGAAACUAGGUGUAGUGAAAGUUUUGUUCGGUCGGAGCCUUUGUCCAAUGAAAUGAAGGUUUCCAAGAGCCGUUGGGUGUCAAAGUUGUUGAACAUCUGUUCUGAUGAUGCAAAGGCUGCUUUUACAGCUUUGAGUGUUAGCAUAAUGUUUAAGUCAUCUUUGGCUGAGCCAAGAUCAAUUCCAUCUGCUUCCAUGUCCCCUACUCUGGAUAAGGGUGACCGUAUAAUGGCUGAAAAGGUUUCAUAUUUUUUUCGGCAACCUGACAUUUCAGACAUAGUGAUAUUUAAAGCACCACCAAUCCUUCAGCAUAUUUUUGGUUGUAGUGCUGGAGACGUCUUCAUUAAAAGAGUUGUUGCAUUAGCUGGGGAUUAUAUUGAAGUGCGUGAGGGUAAACUGUUUUUGAAUGGUGUUGCUCAAGAUGAAGAUUUCAUUUUAGAGCCUAUUGCCUAUGAAAUGGAACCAGUGCUUGUUCCUGAAGGCUGUGUGUUCGUGAUGGGGGACAAUCGCAAUAAUAGCUAUGACUCUCACAACUGGGGUCCACUUCCCGUUGCAAACAUUGUCGGUAGGUCAGUAUUCAGAUAUUGGCCCCCAUCCAGGGUGUCGGACACCCUGCAUGGAUCAGUAAUGGAGAAGAGAGUAGUUGCAGUUUCUUGACCCUGUCUAAGAUGGAGGUGUUCUACUGACUUCUUUCAUCUCUUUAUUCUUUUACUGAUCAUUCUCUGCCUUCUGGCUCAUUGGAUCAGCUGUAUAAUCUUUCCCAUCCCAGCUGCUGUUGUUCGACCCACAAUUUGAACAACUUUGAGGAUGGAUUAUCUUAAUCCGCCUGUGUGAUUGUUUUUCUCAAGGGGCCCUAUAUUGUGUUUUUCUGCAAUUUUAUGUAGUGCAAAGUCUCAGAGAUAAAGCUGAUCAUUGGAAUUAGCAAACUCAGUUGUCAUGAUCUGAAGAACUGGAACAUUUUCCCUUUCUCCUAAACCGUGGAGUGGAGAACCAGAUUAGGGAGACACGAUGGUGUAUCCAACAAAGUUUCAGCUGUAAAUCGUGACACAAUAUUCUGAGGCUGAACAUGUUUAAUAUUUGCUUGUAUUCCUGCUGAAUGUAGUGAAUUAUGAAGUAUGGUCUCUAUGUAACAA